AGAAAACAGGCUUUGUAUUAGUUGCUGACGCUACCUUGUGCGCGUUAUUGAGCAAUUCUGAUCUACUUGGAAGGAGAAACGCGAGCGGUGUGACAUAUCAGCAAGAUCAUGGCUGAGUCAGGAGAUCACCGACUGUGGCACCGGGACUAGCGGUCACUGGUUCACAUUCCUGCACCCCCACACCCUAACCCCCCAAACCAGCUUCAUUUGAGGGCUAAAAAGCAAAGAUCGGGAUGAAAAUGACGCAUUACGUCGAGCUGGGCAGUUAUCCGGAAUGGCCUAUGCGCAUCCCGCAGAAGAUAAGACUGUACACCUUUGAACAACUUCCCAUGUACCUCAGGGAGAACCCCUAUAUCACAGACGGCUAUCGGGCCCACCUGCCUUCCAAGCUCUGCCUGAGGAGUAUUUUCAUUUUAUCCAACGAGACUGUAAACAUCUGGAGCCACCUGUUAGGCUUCAUUCUCUUCUUCUCUCUGGCUGUCAACGACGCUGUGAAGGUCUUGCCGGCUUCGGGAGCCGUCAAAGAGGACUAUGUCAUCUACGCUAUAGGACUGUUUUGCUUCCAGGCGUGCAUGUUGUGCUCCGUGGGCUAUCAUAUGUUCUUAUGCCAUCGAUCGGAGAAGUUGAGCCGUCGCUUUCUAGCGUUGGACUACGCGGGCAUCUCUGUCGGCAUCUUAGGCUGUUACGUGCCCGGCAUCUUCUACUCCUUCUAUUGCAAUGCUUUUUGGCGGCAGGUUUAUUCGCUGACUGUGCUGGCGAUGAUUCUGUUGGUGUUCGGCGCUCAGUUCCAUCCGAGGUACAUGAGCGCUGAAUGGCGCAGCAUCAGGGUGUCCAUCUUCUUUGGCGUGGCCGUUAUCGGGGUGGUUCCGACCUGCCACUGGGUGUGGCUCAAUGGGGGUUUCAACUGCGACAUUGUUAAGAUGUUCCUGCCUCGUUUAAUUGUCAUGUACCUCAUCGGAGCCGCUGCCUUCGUAUUCUACAUUACCAAGAUGCCUGAGCGAUGCUUUCCUGGCCACGUGAACUACAUCGGCGCCAGUCAUCAACUGUGGCACGUUCUGGUGGUUGCGAUGCUUUACUGGUGGCAUCAAACCGCCGUGGACAUUAUGCAAUUCCGGCACAGCCAGCCUUGCCCUCCGAGAACGUAAUGACAAAGAUCAAUCGACAACCAAUUGCUGUUUUUUUUUUUUUUCUUUAAUACUGAAACUGUUUACAUUUGGUCAAUACGAACAAGCAUGUCCACCAGAGCCAAUAUGUGUCAGUAGAAAGUCUGUUGAAGACAACAACAGGCAGUAUGUCAGUGGAAGUCUCUAUUUAUAGUAAAAAUAUAGUAGUAACAUGAUCCAGUUGUAUUUUUACUCCGCUAGAUGGCACUGUUGAUUUAAAAACAAGGGUUGAAGAAAUGCAAGUCAGUGCUAUCUGGAGGAGUAAAAAAAAAAAAGGUUGAGGAAGCAGCAAGCUUCAUUUUCCCCACCACUAAUUUAUACUAGAUAGAAACUUAAAUGUUUUCUUAUGGACAAUUAUCUGAUGCUUGGUUGAAAAGACAUUUGCAUGUUUGGCUCUCGGGACAAAAAAAUAAUCAGGAGCUUUUUAUUGAACAAAGUGUCACUGUGGACGACACGGUGCACAUGGCUUCCUCAAGUGUUUGAAAGUAUGGUGGUGGAGGUGAGGUAUGGGAUAUUUUAGCAUGCUAUUUAUUAAAAAUGACUGUGGUGGAUGUAACUGAUGCACAAAUUGAAACAAUCAACCACCUUGCUGUAAUAAGUUUGGUUGAGAGGGAUGAUAUAUUUCAGAUUUUCAGAAAUCAGCACCAUCCUUUUACCACAAACUGUUUUUGCAAUGUGAAAUGUAUGCAGGUAACAAAGCAAGUUUUUUCAAACUUACAAAUACAACUGCAGGUCAAAAGUAAUCCCCCCCCACCCGCCCCAGUUUGUAAAGCAAACUAUGCAUGGGAUAUAUUUUUCUAUAAUUGUGCAGGCAAUCUUUAUGUAACUAUAAUAAUCUAAUGUGUGAAUUGGGCCAGUGUGAAAUCUGUCUUUUGUUGUUAUACUUGUUGUACUUCAUUUGCCUUCUAUCAGAACAAAUGUAUGCAUAUUCCAUGCACUGAUUUAGUUUUUGCACGACAAUGCAGCUACAGUAUAAUUUUGUUUCAAUGUUUUUCCAUUGUUAUUCUGAGAAUGCUGAUUUGUAUUGUGAAGCACUGUAACUUGACUUUAAAAUUGUAUUAAAUUUUGUCAGGGCCAUAAAA